AGAAAUGUGUCCAUAUUUUUCAAAUGUGUAGUCCUUCUUUGACCCUUUAACAAAUUAAACAGCUACUGUUUACCCAUUCGUCCUUAUCUUACACCAAUAUUCUAUAAAAAGGCACAUAAAUAAAACCCCAAAACAAUCUUUUUUCCAUCCUAAAUUUCUUUUCUUAGUUUUGGUGUUAAACUCACAAAAAAAGAAAAAAGAAAAAUGGGGAACAGUCUAGGAGGGAAAAAAACAACAAAAGUUAUGAAAAUCGAUGGACAAACGAUGAAAUUCAGAACCCCAAUUUAUGCGAACGAGGUUCUAAAAAAUUAUCCAUCGAUGGUAUUAUUAGAAUCGGAAGAAGUUAAGCAUUUCGGGAUUCGAGCAAAGCCAUUGGAGCCACAACAAGAGUUAAAGUCUAAAAGGCUUUAUUUCCUCGUGGAAUUACCUAAAUUCCCCGAGGAACAUAAAAAAAACACUAGGAGGGUUCGAUCCGCAAUCCAAAUGAGCGCGAAGGAUAGGCUCGAGACACUAAUGCUAGCGCGGAGAUCCACGUCUGACUUGUCAAUCAUGAAGCCUGCCAACAUUAUGACUGAGGAGUGCACGUCUUUUCAUAAUAAUAACAACAACAACAACUCAGCUUCAGACACAGUUCAUAGUGGUGGGCCGUUCCAGGCCCACCCUAUGAGGCUGAAGCUGAGACUAUCGAAAGCGGAGGUGGAAAAAUUGAUGAUGGAAAGCAAAGAUGAGAAUGAGGCUGCUGAGAAAAUUAUGAAACUUUGCAUGAAGAAUAAUAAUGAUGGAAAUGGUAGUUUGAUGGAAGAACAAAGUCAUAAUAAUGGUGGAGUAACAAAGAAAGGACUCAAAUCAAGAGAGAAACGUGUAGGAUUCUUGCCAAUAACAGAAGGGGAGAUUCAAAGAGCAGUGGCUGUUUCUUAACAAAAGAAUGGAAAUUAGAAACCUAGGGGCUUAUGAGUUCAAGUAAUAUAGACUAUUAUUGUAAAUAUUUUUUUUAAUAAUAUUCUACUUUUUGUCA